AUGAAGCUCUUCCUCUUCUUUCUCAUGCUUGCGGCUCUCGCGGCAGCAUGCCCGCCACUCUUCAAUGACUUUGCCUUCCGAGGAAACGGAACCCACACAACUCAGGAUCUCGUCCGCGACCUCUUCGAUAGUCACCCUCAGACUGGAUGGAGCGAAAUCGUCACGUUGACCGGCCAAGAAGCGCUAUCUACCUGGCCAGCGGGUCGUAUCAUGUAUUGCUUCAGCACACCCGACGCUCGCAAGCGUUAUGAGGGAGACAUACAACAGGCGUGGAACUUGUGGUCGAACCUCCUUGGACCGGCUGGUAAGGAGAGUGGGCAUAAGCUCCAAUUCUUUGAGUAUAUCUGGAAAGCCGAUGACUGGCAAUACUGCUACUUGGAGCGCAAGAAGCCUGAUGACCCGUGGAUUCCUAACCCCAAGGUUCCCUACGGUAUCGCUUGGAUUCAGGAGGACGUUGAACGCAUCCCGGGAAAGGGACCUGCCGCUGUUGUUGGCUAUGUUAACGAGAAUUGGCCGCGCGGUGGAAAGCCUGGACGCAUGGGUAUGACUUUGAACAAAGAUCAAAGAAUCGACUACGGUACCGAUGAGGCUUGGAUCGCCGCUCUGGCUCACGAGCUGGGUAAGUACGCUGUUGUACUCUCUUUGGAACUCGCUAAUACCUGCUCACAGGCCAUAUCUUUGGGCUCUGGCACGAAAAUCAGCGCCAAGUUGAAGGUAGAAGCCGACAAGCGAUGGUCCAUGGAGCAAGUCUGCAAUGAUGCAAGCAUUGCUGCAUAUUAUGGCUUUUACGCUAUCAACGACCACGAUACCUCUGAUCACAUUGACCCAGGUAGCGUCAAUGUCGGCUCGCCUUGGUACUGGCGCCAGAACUAUCCUGACCGGGAUUAUGAUGAGGACUCGAUCAUGCAUCUCGACUCUCACGUUGUGAGAUGGGAGCACGAUGAAGUCAUGUUCUCUCGAUUGGCGGCGUGGGUCAACCGUGGUCCAGACUUCGUGCCACCGAACCCGUACACCGAUGUUGAUCUCGACCUUCAGUACACAAAUUUCGCGCCUAGUGAGAAAGAUAUCGAGGGCGUCAAGAAGCUAUAUGAUUGGUCACACCCGAACUAA